AUGGCUACAGAUGAUCAGUUUAUAGAGCCUGAUUUUAUAGAGCCUGACGUUCCCGUUCGAGAUGGCAGCAAUGGAAACUCAAGUGCCGCUGGAAGUCGAGGUAUAGCUGGUUUGUCUGGCAAUAUGGAGACCAGUAGUGGUGAUUGGAACAGAGGUACGUUGGACGAGAGUGUCUUGGCAACUUUCAAGCGAGAUAUCUAUGAUAUCAACUCGAAGUUAAAACAAGUUGUGUACCCGCACUUACCUUCGCAUAGGUACAUGGCCACCACGAGUGGUGACCAGGACUCUGCUCAGGGAGCCAACGAGGACAUAUUCAACAGCUCUGACUUCUGGGCACCGCUGACCUUUAUCAUACUGUACUCAGUAUGUGUAUCGCACGCAAAGGGCCUAUUCUCGUCUGUGUUUGUGUCCUGCUGGUUCGUGCUUGUGGUGAUGGCCUUGCAUUUGAAACUGACGAAACCUUACCAAAACGCCACAUUGCUCUCAUACGUGUCUCUGUCCGGGUACUGUAUGUUCCCUCUAGUGAUAUGCGGACUUCUGGUACAAAUAGUGAUACCCGCAGUGUCCCACACACUGGGAACCAGCCCUUGGAAGGUCAGAGUCUCCACUCUGCUCAGACUCACGGUGUUCGGGUUCUGCUUUAUUUGGUCCUUCACAUGCUCAGCAAUCGUCACCAGGUCGAAGGGCUUCGUCCAGUUAUACCCGCUCGCACUCUGUCUCUUCGGCCUUGCAUGGCUAUCGAUGAUUCUGUAA